AAAAAGAACAAGGACAUUCUAACGGAGGACGGCAAUUUCGACCAAACCAAAUUAGUUGAUUUGCGAGAAAAGGCCAAAGAAGCCAACAAAAAGACUGGUCUUGAAGAUGGAACCAUGCCUUAUGGAGAGUUUGAGAUAAUUAAUGAUGAGGAGGUGGUUUUAGAUAUUGGUCAUUAUAGUAAGCCCGGCGUUAAUUUUAAAACUUUUAGAAAAGGUGAAAACACAUAUAAUAUAGUUCAGAGUGCAGAGGGAGGGCAUGAGUUUGAAAGUUUAUUUUCCAGCAAAAAAACCCUAAUCUUGGAAAAAACGAUUGAAGAUGACCUGAAAGAAGCCAAAGCCUAUGUGCUGGAUAAUUUAAAUCGAUUAAAAGGCAUAUUGAUUAGCAACAAAGAUCCAAAUAAUAAUACUCUCGCUACUCCUAAACAAUUAAUUGAAUAUUUUGAUAUCGUUAAUAAAGCCAUUAGAAAUGUAGAAAAUCAAUUAGAUUUGUCCUAUGCUAAAACAGCAGAAAUCAGUCGUCUCCACCCAGAUAUUUUAGCCGAUGGUUUCAAUUGGAAAAAUGGAAUAAAAAACAAAACUAACAUUGAUGGAUUAAGAGAUUUUUCUUUGUAUUCUAGCGACGCCAUUUGUGAUUUGGCAAAAAAACGUGCCUUGAAUGAUUUGACGAAAUUGAAAGGUAAUUUAAAAGAUGAAGAAGUCAACGCGGCGGUGAAUAAGGUUAAGCGAGACACUAUUCCGGAAGGGGAAAUCCGUGAUGCUAUUAUUGAGUUGAAAGUUGAGGCGAUGGAAACGGAACGGGAUGAUUGGAAAGCACGAGUUAAGGAAGUAAUUGGAGAGGCAAAAGAGACCGUUCUCAAAUACCAAAAAGAUUUAACCACUGCCAAAGCCGAAGCAUUGACGGCUCUCCAAAACCAGCAAGGCGAUGUAGACGAUGCGAAUAUUAAUAAUCAAAUCAGAGCUAUUGAGACCUUAAAAGGACAGGAGAAAGAGAUUGAAUUAAACGAAGCCAAAAAAAAUAUCUUAACUGGUUUGGAGAACCUCCAAGACGCAACUAUUACGGACGCCGAUAUCAAUCGGGGAAUAAGCAGAAAUUCUAAUGAGAACAUUACAGGAACCGAUAAUUGGAAAAAUGAUUUAAAAUCUGCUAAACAAAAGGCCUUGGAUGAUUUAAAAAAGUUAAAAGAAAACUUAAAUGAUGGCGACAUUAACGAUGCGGCUGAGAAAAUACAAGCCGACAUUCUUCCGGCCGACACCAACAAUGAAAUUAAGAGCACAGAGGAAUUAACUCGAUACGUUCAUGUUAUUACGGACGCUAUUAGUAAGGUGAAAGGGACAACUGAUAUAAAAAAUGCCAAAAUUCAUGCUGCGAAUCGUUUAGGCAUUUUUAAAGGAACAUUAAACGACAACGACAUUACGGUCGCGGCCAAUGAAAUCGAACCGAAUAGCACCAGCAGAGCGAUCUGGACCCAAAAAUUACAAGCCAAUGACUCUAUAAUUACCAAUGCCGAACAAUUAAGCCACUAUGUCAAAAUUAUUACUCGGGCUAUCAACAAACUCAACACGGACCACGACUUAAAGCAAGCCAAAGUCCAAACCCGUGUCGCUUUACAAAAUUUAAUCCAAACGAGUGGCUUGACCGACGACCAAAUCAAUGCUAAAAUCGUGGAAUUUUCGCCUGGUAUUCCUGCUGGUAAUACUAACUGGCACGAUAAAUUAAAAGAAAAUGACACCACUUUAACCGACGCAAAAGCACUAGCCAAGCACGUCACCCUACUCACCCGAAGCAUUACGGCAUCGAAAGGAGCAGACGCGACAACUGAAUUAAAUCAAGUGAAAGGAGAAAGAAAUAACCUGGAGGGUCAAGUAAAAUUGGUGCGGAGUGAAUUAAGUAUAGGAACAGACGUGACCGAUGUGGUGAAUAAUAAGUUAACGGCCGCGGAUUUGGCCGAUUAUAAGACCGCAAAAACUAAUUUAACAACUCGGAAAAAUGAGAUUAAGCAUGCUAUUGAUAAUAAUACUAUCCCCAACAACUGA